AUGUCAACCAAACAGCCAGAUAUCACUCUUUACUUCCUCAAUGCGAGCCGAGCAAUCCGAAUUGCCUGGCUAUUGGAAGAACUUGGCCUCUCGUACAAGCUGGUCACCUCGCCAAGGGCAGCGAAUGGUCUAGCGCCACCAGAGUUUAAAGCCAAGAUUCCCACUCGGCUUGGGACUAGCCCUACUAUUCAGGAUGGGGAUCUGGUAAUCCAGGAAAGUGGUGCUAUCUUGGAGUACCUUUGCGAAACGUAUGACCAUGCCUCACGGCUGAUACCUCAGGAAUCGCAUGCCAGAGCAAGUGUCAGGGAAUGGAUUCAAGCUUCCGAGGGUACCUUUAUGCUAAAUGCCGUUCCGAUUAUCAUGGCCCGGAUGGGAAUGCCAAAAGAGGCCGCACAAUAUGUUCCCGGGCUGGAGGCUGCGAUUGCGCCAAUGGUGCGCGGCGCAUUGCAGUGGCUGGAAACGGAACUUGAAUCAGGUCCCAGCCAGGGCCAGUUCAUUGUCGGAGCAGACCUUACUGCGGCAGAUAUCAUGAUGGGAUUCAGUAUUGAGACCAUUUUCGCCAUGAAGUUGGGAACGGAGAGGCAGGAUUGGCCGCUGAUCAGUAAAUGGCUGGCAAACAUGAUGGACAGGAAGGCUUAUAAGACAGCGGUGGAAAAGACAGGCUAUUCAAUGUAG